CUCGAGAUAGAGAGGCAAAUACAGCUUUGGUUGGAGGACUAAGAAAAACAGGGAUUUUGCAAGCGGGGAAUUGGCCAAAUUAAACGUAACCAUGCUGUUGUUAUAUCACUCUCACAUCUGGCCUCAGGGUGAUUGGCGGGGGCACCUCCGCCAUGCCUGCUGUCGGUGCGGUCAACCAGGGGGUGACAGGACGGGCGAGGUGGUCUGCCGAUCCAGUGCGCACUAACCAUGCCUCCGGCACGGCCCGGAGCACCGAACUUUCACCAAGAAAGCCGGGGAGUGAGCAGGAUCGACGCUGUGUUUCAGGUGUUGGAGGGAAUAAGGGAAAAAAGGAGGCUUUCUCUGUCCCGGCCACUGUAACAUCUGCUGCUGUUCUCCUCUGCUGAUUCUGGUGACUGAGCUGCCCAUCAGUCUAAGCAACUGUCCAUCAAACUAACUGUGUGUUAGUGAUUGUUUUAUCCUGGGGUUCCAGGCUUUGCACUGGCUGAGCCGCAGCCAUGGAGGUGGCCCUGGUAGACUUUGAGAGCCUGGGUGAUCUUGACGGCAGCCUCGAGGAUGAGGUAGACACCUAUGCUGAUGAGACCACCGCUCUCACAGUGGACAUUCCUCAGGGGCUAAACAGCCCCGGCAGUAACUACCUCCUUCGAGUCCCUCAGCUUUCUUCUCCACCCUCCCACCACAGCCCAGUUCCCUCCCAUAUGUGGGAAUCCACCUCGUCUUCGCCCAUUCCACAGACACAGACACUAAGAGUACUGAAGUCUCCAACCAUGCCAACUCCAAACAGACAGGGGCGUAGUAGCUGUGCCAGUAUGAUCUCCAACUGGAAAUUGCUGCUAAACAGUGAUGGAACCAAAGAAAGUGAGACCAUUUUCAGCCGACUUGCCAAGGAGUGCUGCGAGGAUCUGUUUGUAGAUAAAAGGGGGCUGGAUGAUGGAGACCAAAAAGUCAUCAUCAACAUUGCUGGUCUUCGUUUUGAGACCCAGCUCAAAACAUUGGACCAGUUUCCUGAUACCCUGCUAGGAGAUCCUCUAAAGAGGAUGGACUACUUUGAUCCAAUGAGGAACGAGUACUUCUUUGAUCGUAACCGACCCAGCUUUGACGGGAUCUUGUAUUACUAUCAAUCUGGCGGUAAGGUUAGACGUCCAGCUAACGUUCCCCUGGAUGUGUUUGCAGAUGAAAUACUGUUCUAUCAGCUUGGAAGCGAGGCUAUGGAGCAGUUCAGAGAAGAUGAAGGAUUCAUAAAGGACGUUGAGAUCCCUCUACCUGAUAAUGAUGUGUACAGGCAAUUCUGGCUACUGUUUGAGUACCCAGAGAGCUCAAACGCAGCCCGAGGUGUAGCACUUGUGUCCGUUUUUGUCAUUGUUAUAUCCAUCAUUAUUUUCUGCAUGGAAACCCUACCAGAAUUUAGAGAUGACAGUGACCCAAUUGUGCCCACAGCAGUAUUGCCUUUCAACCAGUCCAGACUUUACACUUCCGUGGCACCAUCUAGUGCAGAGCCCACAACUUUCUCCGACCCCUUCUUCAUCAUCGAGUCUGCGUGCAUCGCGUGGUUCUUCUUUGAGCUGUGUGUGAGAUUUUGGGUCUGUCCUAGCAAAAGCGACUUUUUCCACAACCUCAUGAACAUCAUUGACAUUAUAUCCAUCAUCCCUUACUUUGUAACUGUAGUCACAGAAUUGGUCACGACGCCACAGGAGAACUCGGGACAGAACAUGUCUUUGGCUAUUCUGCGAAUCAUUCGCCUGGUGAGGGUGUUUCGUAUCUUCAAACUCUCACGUCACUCCAAGGGGCUGCAGAUCUUGGGACAGACUCUGAAGGCCAGUAUGCGUGAGCUUGGUUUGCUUAUCUUCUUCCUCUUCAUCGGAGUCAUCCUCUUUUCCAGUGCUAUCUACUUCGCUGAGGUAGAUGAGCCAAACACACAGUUUGUUAGCAUACCUGAUGGCUUCUGGUGGGCUGUGGUAACCAUGACCACAGUUGGCUAUGGGGAUAUGUGUCCUAUCACAAUGGGGGGUAAAAUGGUGGGCACUUUGUGUGCCAUUGCAGGCGUGCUUACCAUUGCUUUGCCUGUUCCUGUCAUUGUCUCCAACUUUAACUACUUCUACCACAGAGAGACAGAAGCAGAGGAUAAGCUACCUCUGGCUGAUGCAGUAGAGCAAGCCAUGAAGGCUGAGGCCCGUAGCACACAGGGAAGCAACACCUCGCUUAAUAAAGCUAAUGGCAUCUGACAAAUUGACAAAGGGAAAUAACUGUGGAAGGGGACAAUAUGGCACAAGAGACUUUGAUACAAGGCAGGAAACACAUUCUGUCGAGAAGAGUUUGCGGGAAAUGAAAUCUUUCGAUUUCCCUCAUGAUAAUGGAAUCUAUGACGUGUUUGUACCAAGUGAAACAAAAGUUAGAAUAAGAAUAUGCAGAAUGAACUGUACUAACCUUUCAUGUGUCUAUUAUGAAUUUGACACUUGAUAACAGACAAACAGAAUAAUUUAUUUAAUGAAUGUCCAAGACACAUUUCACUUUGUUUUAGUAUGUAUGUUUGAAUGAUGUAUGACAAUGACUAUUUAUCCUAUUCACAACAUUGUGCACACCACUUUCCUUUUUGACGUUUUUGGUAAUAAGCUCUAUUAACACAAUUUUCACACUGUUUCUUUCAAGGCCAUGAAGGUUUAGACAAGUCAAAUGUAAUGAACGGUUAAAAAAGAGUUAAAUGUCAACAAUAUUUAAAAGAUUGUUACUGGAAACUGCACUGGGGAUAUGCUACUUUGUAACUCAGCUUGUAGGAAUGACCUUUCAAACAACUUGUGUGCAUUUCCCACCCAAUUAAUUUUCUUACAAACACACAAGAAGGGACAUUUAAAACUAGACUUUUCUGUUAUCUUAAA